AUGACUGUGUUGAUAACUUGCUCCUCUUGCCUUUCACAAGCCUUAGCCCAAGAGCAGAAUCAGAAACGGUUUAAUGAGCUGUUGGAUGGAUCUCUCGGGCUCUUGGAUGUGUGUGGUAUUGCAAGGGAUGCAUUGUUGCAAACAAAGGAAUGCACUCAUGAACUUCAAUCAACCCUGCGUAGAAGACAUGGCAAUAAAAUGGAGCUUGCAAGGGAGGUUGAAAAAUACUUGGCCUCUAGGAAGGUGGCAAAGAAGGCAAUUAAGAAGGUCUUAAAGGGCAUGCAAACUAAGUUGAACUCUAAGAAAAAUGAAGAUCUAGCCAUUGUUAGCUUGUUAAAAGAGCUAGAGGCUGGAACUAUCUUGGUUUUUGAAUCACUCUUGACCUUCAUAUCUGGAUCAAAUUUACAAUCAAAAUCAAGAGGCUGGUUUGUAGUUUCCAUGCUGGUGCACCCCAAGAGAAUAGCAUGUGAGGGUGAAGAAACAGAUGGAAAUGACUUUGAGAAGGUAGAUGCAGCAUUAUAA